AUGAGAUUUAUUAGUACAAGGAUUUUUUUAUUGUUACAUUGGACAGUUAUAUUUAAAGAAAUUUUGACAAGCGAGUCUACAAAUUCAGAUCCAAAUGUAUCAUCAGUAAAUGAUAGUACAGGUACAGAAUCUACUAAAUUAUCAGAAGAAGAGACUAAAAGAAAUAAUGAGCAAGAUAAUGGUGAUAGAGUAGGUGACACUCAAGGAAGUGGUAAUAAAGAUGCUGUUGAAGAAAAAAGCACUACAGAAAGUUUCAAACAAGGUAGUGUCUCUAAUAAAGAUAGCACUUCAGAAAAUAGUGAUCAAGCUAAUGUCGUUGAAAAAGAUAAUACUACAGGAAGUGUUCAAAAUGGUGACGAUGGAAAAGAUAGCACUACAGGAAGUGUUAAAAAUGGUGACGAUGGAAAAGAUAAUACUCUAGAUGGUAGUAAUAAAGAUGAUGUCGUUGAACAAAAUAGCACUUCAGAAGAUAGUGGUGAUAAAGGUGACGAUAGAAAAGAUAAUACUCUAAGAAAUGAUGAUCAAGAUACUAAUGGUUUGAAAAAUAAAAAUUAA